AUGGUCGCCACUGCUGCUACUUCGUCGAUCUUUCCAAUUCCUUCUCCAAACCAAGACUCUGGUGCCAAAAAUGCGAAGCUUGGAACUGGGUCUGCUGGUUUAGGACUCAAAUCGAAAUCUGCAUCGGGCAGUUUGCAGGUAAAGGCAAAUGCUCAAGCCCCUUCAAAGAUAAAUGGCACUAGCGUUGGUUUGGCAACUGUUGAAAGUGGGAAGAAUGGGGAUGACAUGUCAUCCCCUCCUGCGCGGACUUUCAUUAACCAAUUACCUGAUUGGAGUGUGCUCCUUGCUGCUAUCACCACAAUCUUCUUGGCUGCGGAGAAGCAAUGGACGAUGCUUGAUUGGAAACCCAAGCGGCCUGACAUGCUUAUUGACCCAUUUGGUUUAGGAAGAAUUGUUCAGGAUGGUCUUGUCUUCCGCCAAAACUUCUCAAUUAGAUCAUAUGAAAUAGGUGCUGAUCGUACGGCUUCAAUAGAGACGUUAAUGAAUCAUUUACAGGAAACAGCACUUAAUCAUGUUAAGACUGCUGGGCUAUUGGGAGAUGGCUUUGGUUCAACACCAGAGAUGUCAGUAAGGAACCUGAUAUGGGUGGUAACUAAAAUGCAGGUUGUAGUAGACCGCUAUCCUACUUGGGGUGACGUUGUUCAAGUUGACACUUGGGUUAGUGCCUCUGGGAAGAAUGGUAUGCGUCGUGAUUGGAUCCUCCAGGAUUGCAAAACUGGCCAAAUUUUAACAAGAGCCACUAGUGUGUGGGUGAUGAUGAAUAAGCUGACGAGGAGAUUAUCCAAAAUUCCUGAUGAAGUUCGAGGUGAAAUAGAGCCUUUUUUUAUGAAUUCUCCUCCUGUUGUGGAGGAGGACAGCAGGAAACUGCUGAAACUUGACGACAAGACAGCGGACUUUGUUCGCACUGGUUUAACUCCUAGGUGGGGUGAUUUAGAUAUCAACCAGCAUGUUAAUAAUGUGAAGUACAUUGGCUGGAUCCUUGAGAGUGCUCCCUUGCCAAUCUUGGAGAGUCACGAGCUUUCUUCUUUGACUCUGGAGUAUAGAAGGGAGUGCGGGCGGGACAGUGUGCUUCAGUCCCUGACUGCAGUCUCAGGUGCUGAUAUCGGCAAUUUGGGAAGCAAUGGCGGCGUUGAGUGCCAGCACUUGCUCCGACUUGAGGAAGGAGCUGAGAUUGUAAGGGGAAGGACUGAGUGGAGGCCCAAAUAUGCCAACAAUCUUGGGAUUGUGGGUCAGCUUCCGGCAGAAAGCGCUUAG